GAGCCACUCGAUGCUGGAGUACACUACAAAAGCGCGAAGAGGCGGCCGCCUCGCUGCCAAAACACUCCCACUCUCACUGACUCACACCCCGUCACUCCCCUCUUCUCCUCACCUCGCCUCGCCGCGCCGCGCCGCGCGCUGAAGAGGAGGCAUGAAGCGGACGAGAGCGCAGCAGCCGAAGCUCCAGGAGGGGCAGGACGGCGGCGGCGCGGCCGGGAACGCCAACCCGAAGCCGCAGCGGAGGGCGAAGCAGCCGAGGCAGCCCAAGGCGGCGUCGGCGGCAGCCAAGAAGGCGGCGGCGGCGGCGGCGGCGCGCGAGUCGUCGUCGUCGUCUGUGGGGGCGGGGGCGGCAGUGACAUCCGCGGCGUCCUCCUCCUGCUCCUCCGGAGCGGACAUGGCGCCCACCGUGCCCGACGUGUGUGGCGGCGGCGGCGGCGGCGCGGGAUACGAGGCCGGGGCGGCGACCACCGUCGAGUGGGACCUCGACGGCGGGCUCAGCAACGGGUUGUCGUGGUGGACGUUCGGGGUGGAGGAGGAGAAGCUGCUGGGGUGGUUCCCCUUCGUGGAGGAGGACUUCCGCUGCCUCGGCGCCCGCGGCGACGCCGAGAUGGCCUUCGACGACGACAUUUGGAGGAUCCACCAAAUCUACGAGAUACCCAAUUACGCCGCCAAGUGAUCGAUCGGAUUCAUCUUUGGUUUUUUCCCCUAGAUUACUUGGUAGUAAUUGUUGCGUGGUACAGGAAUCAAUGUCGAGUGCGUAGCCAACAAUGUGUUGACGAGGUUAGCUAGCUGGAGUAGCUGAUGAUGUGGUGGCAUCUCAAUUCCCAGAUUGCAAAUUGCUGCAAUUCCAAAUGCCCCUUCUUUGCAUUCUUUGCCUGCUUGCUUUCGAUCACACUUGACGUGGUAUACCUUCCUUGAUCAGCAUGUCAUCCCUGAUCAGUGAUCAUUCAAAGUGGGGCUUGCUAUCAACAUUCGGAAUUCUCUGUCCAGGCUGUAGAAAGGUGGAAUGCAGUAUUCCCAGCAUUUUGCGGUUGACAGUUAUGAAAUGGAUCGGGCUCGUGACAACUUUGUUAUUUGUCGGUAUUGAAAGAUUUAUUUAUCAGUUCAA